CGACGCUGCUUGUGUCACCAUGGUGACGGGGCUGUGCCCAGGGAGGUUGUGAUGGGUUGACAGGUGCGUGACAAUCGAAGCUCUCUGCAAGCAUGUACGCCAAAGGCAAGAGUAGCAACGUGCCGUCCGACAGCCAAGCCAGAGAAAAGUUAGCUCUGUACGUGUACGAGUACCUGCUGCAUGUCGGAGCACAGAAGUCAGCGCAGACCUUCCUCUCAGAGAUCCGAUGGGAGAAGAACAUUACAUUAGGAGAACCUCCGGGGUUUCUCCACUCAUGGUGGUGUGUCUUCUGGGACCUGUACUGUGCGGCUCCUGAGAGAAGAGACUCAUGUGAACACUCCAGUGAGGCCAAGGCCUUCCAUGACUAUAGUGCUGCAGCAGCUCCCAGCCCCGUGCUUGGGAACCUUCCCCCAGGAGAGGGCAUGCCAGUGGGGCCAGUCCCUCCAGGAUUCUUUCAGCCGUUUAUGUCACCUCGAUUCCCUGGAGGACCCAGACCACCUCUCAGAUUACCCAAUCAGGGACUUGGGGUCCCAGGAAGCCAGCCUAUGUUACCCAGUGGGAUGGACCCCACAAGACAGCAAGCACAUCUAAAUAUGGGAGGGCCAAUGCAGCGGAUGACUCCACCCAGAGGCAUGGUACCGCUAGGGCCCCAGGGUUAUGGAGGUGGGAUGAGACCACCACUGAAUGCCCUGGUUGGUCCUGGUAUGCCUGGUAUGAACAUGGGACCUGGUGGGGGUAGACCAUGGCCAAAUCCUCCAAACUCCAAUUCGACCCCUUACUCGUCUGCAUCUCCAGGAAGUUAUGUGGGACCUCCAGGAGGAGGGGGGCCACCUGGGACCCCAAUUAUGCCAAGUCCAGCAGAUUCAACCAACUCUGGUGACAACAUGUACACUAUGAUAAACACAGUCCCUCCAGGUGGAAGCCGACCAAAUUUCCCUAUGGGUUCAGGUGGUGACGGUCCACUAGGGGGAAUGGCUGGAAUGGAGCCCCAUCACAUGAAUGGAUCAUUAGGGUCAGGCGAUAUGGACAGUCUCCCGAAGAACUCACCUGGGAACCUAAGUAUGAGUAACCAGCCCGGGACCCCCAGGGAGGAUGGAGAGAUGGGAGGAAACUUCCUUAACCCUUUCCAGAAUGAAAGUUAUUCUCCAAACAUGACGAUGAGCGUGUGAAGGCUCUGGAAGCAGGUUUGGUUCAGUUGCCCAGUAACCUGGAUCAGUAAAACGCGGAGAGACGGGAUGUGAUGUCAUCUAGGCCAGUGACUCUUCCUCCACCACCACCACCUGCCUAGAUAGGACAUUUGCCGUAGGCCCUGUCCUCCUACUGUCCCCCAACCCCACCCCUCCAUUGUUUCUGCCCACGUCUCUUCUCUCCUAUUUCUUCUCCCGUUCAAAGUGGUGACUGCUACAUUCAUCAGUUCUUCCUCUGCAACUAUGAGACUGUACAAAGCAACCAAAUUGAAACAACCUGGAGGAGAACUCCUUGUAUAUUUGCAAACAGUGUGUAUGAGUCACAUGUAAUAUCUUUUGUCUUUUCUUGAGAAUAGAAAAGAUAAUUGGAGAGACUUCAUAAUACCAUGAGGUUUACUUCUUUUCAACGUUUGUGUCCUCUAAAUCUUUCAAGCCGAUGACAUUGUGUUUUUUGUUUUAUACAAUGGGUCAUUUUUUAUUUUAAAUUCCCAAAAACAAAACAAAAAGUCAGCUGUUUAAUCAUGAUUAAGGCCUCCACACCACCUACAAUAUUGUCUGCAUUUUAAAUAUGAAGUCACUUUGUAUGGUAAUUAAGAAAAGGUUUGUUUAAUGCUUAAAGCGAAACUAUGCAACUUGUGUUGGUCGUAGUAAGGCCGUAGAAACAAAAAUGACUCUGCUGAAUUGACCAAUAGUGAGUCUUUGUACUUAUGAAUUUUACUCUCUGUUUUGGAGGAGGAAGAAUGUGUUUCAACUUUCAAAAGUUGCAUAGUCUUGCUUUAAAUCAGUCCCUUCGCUGACUGCUGAGAGAGCAGUAAGGAUACCACCGGGAAAGAGACCAUCCUACAGGGAUACGUCACCACAAAGGUCCCACAGAACAGUUACCAAACCAGAGGGGACACUGAACCCGGGCUUGCUGUCAUACUAUUUGUGAUGUUGUUUUUUUGUUGCUGAGGCCUCUCUCAUCUCAAGUUAUUUCAACUUUUAUCCAAGUGAUUUAUCAUUUUACAUAUUGGAGUCACAGUUGCAUAAUGGAUACAACGGCCCACAAUCUCAUACAUGACAUGUUCAAGAGAGAGAGAACAGAAAGACCGAUGAACAGGACGAGUGGUAAGACACAAGCUCAUGAAAUCACUUUGGUCACUCAUGCUUAAUUGCCAUCCGGAUAAACUGUGAUCUCAGUGUGAUGUGAAAGGUCGGCUGGUACAGAAAGCAACAAUAAGCUUGUUUUUAAUUAAUUAUUUAUCUUUUUUUUCACUGCCCAAGAUGUAUUAUCAUCAUGUAGAAAAGGUUAUCCUCUCCCCUUCCUUACUGCAAAGUGUACAGCUCACAAAUGUAGCUCCUCUGUCUUGUACGUGUAUUUUAUAUUAUUAUUAUUUAAAGAAAAAUCUGCGAGAGAAUUAUGGCAAAGGGAGCGGUGGAGUGGUGAUGCACCAUCACAACUGAACAGAUAUAUUUUAUUUUGUGUUUGUGUUAGAUUGAAGCCAUAAUUGAGAGUACAAGAAGAUGCAUUUGUACAUUGGAUCAUGUUUUCUGUUUUGUGGCAGUACGUGUGACUCCAUUUGUGAUGUUAAUUUUCUCUUUUUUAUUCUUGUAUUAUGUUUUUGUAAAUACACAGAGAAGUAUUUCAUGGGUUUUGAAUAUGCUAGUAUAAAGCUUCUCUUCCCUUA